CGCUGUUGCCACAGUAACUGUUAGCUGAAACAGCUACAUUUGGAGCUACAGCAGUGAUUUUGAUGCUGAUGUGGUCAGUUAUUUAAAUAUUUUGUGUCUUAAGGUAAAGCUGAUCGGAUACACAGAGAAACUCUUUUAAUUGCUGCUUUGGUUUGGGUGGGUUGGUAGGAAGACAGAGGAUGUCAGGGGAUCUUGUUGCUGUAUGGGAAGUGGCGUUAAGCGAUGGUGUGCACAGGAUUGAAUUUGAACAUGGCACAACCACAGGAAAACGUGUUAUUCACAUAGAUGGAAAAGAGGUUAUAAGGAGAGAUUGGAUGUUCAAGCUGGUCGGAAAGGAGACGUUUAAUGUGGGACGAUCAGGCACAAAAGCCACUAUCAACAUAGAUGCAGUGAGUGGCUUUGCAUACGAGUACACUCUAGAGAUUAAUGGACAGAGCCUAAAGAAGUAUAUGGAGAACCGCUCCAAGGUUACCAGCACAUGGCUUCUGAAUCUGGAUGGCAUGGACUGCAGAGUUGUUCUGGAGAAGGAUACCAUGGACAUCUGGUGCAAUGGACAGAAAAUGGAAACAGCUGGAGAGUUUGUUGAUGAUGGCACAGAAACACACUUCAGCAUCGGGAAUCAUGACUGCUGCAUUAAAGCUGUAAGCAGCGGUAAAAGACGAGACGGCAUCAUUCACACGCUGCUGGUGGAUGGCAUGGAAGUUUCCGAGUCCGUUGAAUAAUCUGUGUGGUGACCAUACAUGAACAUGAGAAGAGUGUAUGUAUGUACUGUAUGUGUUUAAUAAUCUGUGCUGAUUGGUAAUUACAGGUCAUCACAUACUGGUUCAGUAAUGGACUGUUUUGAAGCAGUGACAGAUGUGUCUUAAUAACACAUCCUGUAGGCCUGGUUUCACAGACAAGACUUAGCUGAAGCCAGGACAAGGACUUAAAUUAAGAUGUUUAAGCAUCUUUUUUAAAAAUGCCUUAGAAAAAUAUAUUACUGGGUUUUAUCUUCAAUGGCACUGGCAUAUUUUAAGAUCAGUCUGUUGAAGUUAUUUUCAAUUAAGACAUAAAAUGUGUCUUGGGGCCUGUACCAUGAAAAUGGUUCAAAUAAACUCUGGGUUACAGGAUUAGUUUCAAUUGACAAAACCAAACCAAUGUGAUCAGGCCUUGUCGGUAAAAGCUACUUUAAUGGUACCUGAAACCCAAGAUUUGCACAAAACUAAUCCUAAACUUACCUAGCUUGCCAACUAAACCAGCAUUUUGGUAUAGGACUAGCCUUACGCAUUGUCUGUGAGACCAGGUGAUAGUGUAGUUAAUUUCUAAAUACCUCACAUAGCAACAACAAAUGAAGUUUUUAAACCCCUUAGGAUCCAUUGUAAUUCUGUGACAUGACAGUAAAACAAUGAACAAAAUGUGUUUUGUUUUUUCAGUGUGAUGUUAUGUGAUUAACACCAUGCAAUUAAACAUGACAAAAGUCAAACAAGAAUGGAUGUGAUGUCACAGUCAGGCCCUUUCCUGAACAGUCUGUUAUGUUGAUCAUGUGAUAUACUCAUGUGAAGUAAUAGGGUCGUUAAUGUGAAAUAAUUAAGUCUGUGUGCGAUAGCACAAUCAUGCUCUUAAAAAGCAUUAGAUAGUGAUGUCAGUGUAAAUAUAUGUAAGUAUUCUUUCCUGUAGACAUUUAUCUGACCAAUCACUGUUUAAAACUGUAAAUAGGGUCAGAGCACAGCAAUAACUUUCCUUAGGAAAUACACUUUAUUGUUUAAUAUGACUGUCUUUAAGACAAUUGGGUGUCAAGGCUUUGUGACAAAUAGGAUUACUUGUGUGUCUCUCUCUCUCUCUUUUAAGAUCCAUGUGUUUAGUGAAUUCAAGAUGUAGUAAUGUCUGUUAGCAUCAUCUUAUUUCUAAAACAGUGAUCUUACAGGAUAUGUGUAAUCCAACCCUUAUAGUUAUUUUACUAAGCACUAUGACUAAAUUCUGAAAGUGUAAUAAUAAUUUAUAUUAAUAAAGAUCUAUAUUACAAGAACGAAAUGUUGAUAUUUGAUCAGUAUUUAUUUCUAAUUGACAUAAGGGCCUUAGUAUUGAAACUUU